UUGUGGUCUGAUCAGAGAGUCUGAACAUCAGCUUCAGGAAACCUAAUAACUAAAAAGAAGCCAGCUCAGUAGAAUAUUGUAUGUGGCAAUGGCAUCUGCUGUAAUCAGUUCAGUUCCUACCACUGCAUCUCGUUUUGCUUUACUACAAGUUGAAAGUGAUACUGAUUUGGAGCCUGGAAAAGGAAGAAGUGGCCAAGGUGCUAGUAAAUCUCAGGCUUCAGGGGCAAGAUCAUCUACAAAUGAGAAAAAGAGAAAGAAAAGGAGAAAAAAGAAAGAACAGCACCAGAGUGAGGCCAAUGAGCUCAGAAACCUUGCUUUUAAAAAGAUUCCUCAGAAAUCCUCACAUGGAGGCCGUCUAUCUCAGCAUGAACAAAAACUGCACACUGCAAUGCAGAAGGACUCUCAGGAAGAAAACUGGCAGGAGUGGAGAAAAAGAGAUGAGCAGCUGACAUCUGAAAUGUUUGAAGCUGAUCUUGAAAAAGCAUUGCUGCUAAGCAAACUGGAAUACGAAGAGCACAGAAAGGAAUACGAAAACGUUGAAAAAACUUCACCUCAGUCAAAGUCUGUGAAUAAGAAAGAGAAAAAGAACCAGCAAGGAAAAGAGAAACCUCUCACUGUGUCUCUGAAAGACUUUCAGUCUGACAGUAAUAUAGAAAAAAAAUAAGAGGAACUGAACUCUUCCCAGUCUUCAUUGCAUGAUGGAGGAUUUUUCAACAGGCUGGAAGAUGAUGUUCACAGAAUACUUGAAAAAGAGAAAAAGAGAGUCCGGGUCACUGAUUACAGUGAAACAGAUAACUGCACAUCUCGUGAACACAACCAGGAGAGUGUUUUGAAAGACGGAAAAACAGAACGACUAAAGCUUGAGCUUGAAAAGAAAGAUGCAGAAAUUGAGCAACUGAAAAGUAUAAUAUCUCAGUGGGAGGCAAAGUAUAAAGAAGUAAAAGCAAGAAAUGCACAGCUUCUGAAGAUGAUGCAUGAAGGUGAAAUGAAAGACAAAGCAGAAAUACUCCUACAGGUUGAUGAAUGUCAAAUUAUCAAAAAUGAAUUGACCUUACAGGUAACUAUACUUCAUGCUGCAUUAGAGCAAGAAAGAUCCAAAGUGAAACUACUGCAGGCAGAAUUAACGAAAUAUCAGAGUGGGAAGAAAGGGAAAAGGCACUCAGAAUCUGACCAGUGCAGGUGA